UCAAAGAAAACAUUUGCAAUUUAAAAUGAUGGCCGAGAACGGCACAGUGUGGAAGAGCGAUUACCCUAAAAGACACAUUUACUUCUUGGGUACCCUAGGAUUACUUUUGGGGCUUGGAAUAAUCGUCCUUGAGGCCACGAUGGUUGUUUACCGAGAUGAUAUUCGCCUCAACGACAUCCGCAACAACCCUCUGCUGCCGAUUGCCAUCACGGGUCUUACAUUUGGAGUUUACUUCGUUGUCUUAGCCAUCGUUACUGCCUGUGCUGCCAAAUCAAAAUCACGAUGCAUAACCGUAACAUUCCUCGUCAUGAGCAUCAUCGCGCUAGCUUUGGACUUGUGCUUACUUUCUUUCCACGGUCUUCAUCUAAUCACUCGCUGCAAUCCAAAUGAGUUUGAAGGUCUCGGAGGGAAUUUUGGCAUCCGGAAUUGCCGUAAUGAAUUCGAUCACGUAUUGUUGAUCAAUCGACAUGGUACCUCGUUACUGUUGAUCAUCAUCGGCACAACACUCCAUGCCGUUAUCAAUUUUUGCUCCAUUAUUGUCUCCUUUUAUGUUGUCUGCCGAUUCGAGCAGUAGAAAUACCUUAUCAACGGCCGAAAUGGAUCGCACCGCAACAAAUAAACCAUACUAAUCUUAUACUUCAUCGUCACAGUAAUGACAUCAUCCGAAUUUCAGAGAUAAAUACAUCCUUUUUUAUAA